UCAGGGGCCUCAUCCUGGCCUCUGGAGGGGGGCGGCCCUCAGGUUAUUACUUCUGCUCCAGCUGCUCUGGGGACACUCUGGUGUCUGCCUCCAGCCUUCACGGAACAUGAUGGGGACCUUCUCCUCUGCUUUCCUGCUCUUCAGCCUGCUGGUUCUUCUCCAGAAGUCCGGGGCUCAGAGGGUACCCCCACAGGUCAGAGGGCAUCUGUGCAGGACAAGGCCCACAGAUCUGGUGUUCAUCAUCGACAGCUCCCGUAGUGUGCGGCCCCGGGAAUUUGAAAAGGUCAAGGUCUUCUUGUCCCAAGUCAUCGAGUCCUUAGAUUUGGGGCCCAACACAACUCGGGUAGGCGUGAUCAACUACGCCAGUGCGGUCAAGCACGAGUUCCCCCUCAAGGCUCAUUGGACCAAGGCCAGCCUCCUGCAGGCUGUGCAAAAGAUCGAGCCCCUAUCCACAGGCACCAUGACAGGCUUGGCCAUCCAGUUUGCCAUCAACAAGGCCUUCAGUGAGGUGGAGGGAGCCCGGCUCAAGUUCCCAGAGAUCAGCAAGGUGGCUAUUGUGGUGACAGAUGGGCGGCCUCAGGAUGGUGUGAAGGAUGUCUCAGCCAGAGCUAAGGAGAGUGGCAUUGAGCUCUUUGCCAUUGGCGUGGGUCGAGUGGACAAGCACACCCUGAGGCAGAUUGCCAGUGAGCCACUGGAGGAGCAUGUGGACUACGUGGAGAGUUACAGUGUCAUUGAGAAACUAUCCAAGAAGUUCCAGGAGGCCUUCUGUGUGGUAUCUGAUCUGUGUGCCACCGGAGAUCACGAUUGCCAACAAAUCUGCAACAGCUCCCCUGGCUCCUACACCUGUUCCUGCCAGGAUGGCUUCAUCCUGAACAGUGAUGGGAAAACCUGCAGUGCCUGCAGUGGAGGCGGUGGAGGCUCUGCCACUGACCUCGUCUUCCUGAUCGAUGGGUCCAAGAGUGUCCGCCCUGAGAACUUUGAGCUGGUGAAGAGGUUCAUCAACCAGAUUGUGGACUCGCUGGAUGUGUCCGACGAGCAGGCACAGGUGGGCCUGGUGCAGUACUCUAGCUCAGUCCGCCAGGAAUUCCCCCUGGGUAGGUACAAAACCAAGAAGGACAUUAAGGCAGCAGUCAAGAAGAUGUCCUACAUGGAGAAGGGCACCAUGACUGGGGCAGCUCUGAAGUACCUCAUUGACAACACCUUCACCAUCUCCAGUGGGGCACGGCCCGGUGCCCAGAAGGUGGGCAUCGUCUUCACUGAUGGCCGGUCCCAGGAUUACAUCAAUGAUGCAGCCAAGAAAGCCAAGGAGCUUGGGUUUAAGAUGUUUGCUGUGGGUGUUGGCAAUGCAGUGGAGGACGAGCUGAGGGAGAUUGCUUCAGAUCCUGUGGCAGAACAUUACUUUUACACUGCCGACUUCAGGACCAUCAACCAGAUUGGCAAGAAACUUCAGAAGAAGAUUUGUGUGGAGGAAGACCCAUGUGCCUGUGAGUCUGUCGUGAAGUUCCAGACCAAGGUGGAGGAGCUCCUUCAAGCCUUGACACAGAAACUGGAAGCUGUGACCAAGCGGCUUGCUGCCCUGGAGAACAAUGUAAUCUAGGAUUCUUUGAAGAAGGCCUCAUCUCUCCUUUCUGUUCCUCCUGGUUUUCCUCCUUCACAUACCGUUACAUGCUGAGGAACCUAUGCCUGAGAGCAGCUCAGCCACCUCCUCCAUCCAUCUUUCUGUAGCUGAGAGUCUAGCCUCACUAACAUCCUCCUCUUGGGGGAGAUGAUGGGGGCUGGGAGACUGGGAUGCUGGGGGUAGGGCUCUUGGGGGUGUAGGCCAGCCUGGCCAGCCUCUUCAUCUAGUGUGCAUCUAGAAACCCUGGAAAGAGGUGUGAGUGUGUGUAUGUGUGUGUGUGUGUGUGUGUGUGUGUGUGUGAGUGUAUGCAUCUGUGUAUGUCCAAAGGAGUUUUGAUUUUCAUUUUUUACUAUCCAAAGCUUAAUAUAUUCCCAUAUUUUGGGUCAACACGGACUUGACUAUGAGUUCUGUGGACCCUUUGGUGACGUCCCAUUUUCUCUUUAUAGAGUGAUUCUAUAUAACUUAAGUGUUAAAUGUACACGGUGGGGGACUGAGUUUCUGGCUGAGAAGAAGAUAGGACUCAUUGGAAUACUUGUAAGGAGGGAUUCCUUUGACACUGGUCUGGGUUCCUGCAAAGAAGAAGAAGACAUGCCCAGAUCUAACGGAGGCUCUUGGGCUCCUUGUCAGUCCAGAGAUUGGGGGGACCCAUAGUGAAUAUGUCCAGGGAAUUCAAUUCAAUUCAAUUCUAGUUUAGUUCCAUUUAACAAGUAUUUACUAAGUACUUAUCGUGUGCCAGGCACUGUGCUGGGUAUUGGUCUCAAAGACAAAAAUGAAACAUUCCUUCCUCCCAAAGAGCUUAUGUUCCACAGGAAAGUCCCUAGCAUAUACCCGCCACUUGAGGGCUGCUGGCCCCCUAAGAUGCGUUCUCGGUCUUCAUUCUCAGUAGGAUUGGCAUCUUGGUGCUCAGGCACCACAGGUGGUGGUCAGCAUCGUACAGCUGCUGUGGUGGGCCUUGCUGCCACCGCCAUCCCUACUCCAUCCGCAAGAUGUACCUCCUGCCUUCCCCGCUGUCUCCCAUGCCCACCCCAGCUACCACAGGAGGGACGGAGAAGGACGACCCCAACCUCAACUCCCCUUAUUCCACAUGCUGUACUCUGUGUAGUCAAGUCAACAAGCACUUAUUAAGCACCUACUAUGUGCCAGGCAGUGCUCUCAGUACUUGGCAGACACUGCCCUUCCACUGCUCUCAUUGUGGAGAUGGAGGCUCUGGACCCUGGCCUCCAAACCCUGCCUCCAGGGGUCCCUUCCUCAUAUCUGCACCAUUUCCCCGUGUGCUCCUCAGGACACAACAGAUUCCCCUCUUUUGGUCCUGCUUGGUCUCAUGUUUCAGGCAUCAGAAUAUUUAUACUUCAGUAUACGUAAAAGAUUUUUCAGAGUAUCUCCAACUGCGUAGAAACGUCCUGUUCAGGGCCGAUCUAGGGCGGCAGAAAUCAUUAAAGAUUCCCAAGCCCCA